AAAGAACUAAAUUAGUAACUUAAAAGUUUUGUUCGAAGUAGGAGCUCUGAAAUAAAAAGCGAACGAAUUAUUUUGUAAUAUUCUUAUUAAAAAAAAUACUAAUAUGUGGGAUACAUCUAAGCAACCACCUCCCUCUCAACCGCCGACAUAUCCACAGAUGCAGCCGCAGAUGAAUCCACAAAUGCAGCCGCAGAUGAAUCCACAAAUGCAGCCUCAACCUGCGAUACAGGUGCAAGUAUAUAAUAUACCCGCUUCAGCGGUACCACAAUACCCAGCUGUUCAACCUGUUCAGCAAAAUGAGGGUUGGUUAAGACGCAAUCAAAAAAAUAAGCCACAAUCAAACUCAGUGGGAACAGCUUCCUUAAUCUUUAUAUCGGGAGGUAUGAACAUGGCAUGGAAUCUGGGUCUGGGAGGAGCUUUCAUUACGAAUUACACAUUACCGCAACACUUGAUCUUAAGUUGGUUUAUAGGUGGUAUAAUUGGUGUUGUUGUUGGGGCAAUUGCCUGCAAUCGUGUGCCGAAAAAAUUACUAAUGGGUUUUGCCUCAAUCAUGGUCACAAUUGGUGGUAUACUACAGGUUUCUGAUCCCAAUUCUUACGAUUCUAUUUUAGCUUCUCGCUAUUUAAAUGGCAUAGCUGUGGGUUUGGUAUUUCCCAUGACUUUUGUUUUGGUUGGCGAAGAGGUGGUAAAGAACAUACGUGGUAUGAAUGCCGCUUCCGUAGAUACAAUGUGCUUUAGUUGUGGUAUAUUUAUACAGAUUUUAUACUCUGUCACAUGGACUGCCGGUAUUGAAGAUUCUUUUCAAUCGAUACAAAUGUGUGGAGUGCUUAAUAUAAUUUAUGGAGUUAUAGCCUUUCUUAUGGGCUCCAUGUUAUUAAUAGAAUCGCCUAUAUUCUAUUUGGCUCGGGGAGAUGAGCAAAUGGCUAUUGAUUCACUGAGACGUCUACAGAGACCAUUUACUAUUACAUAUGAAACUUAUGAACAAUUAGAGGAACACAAACGUUAUUUGGCCGAGAGUAAAGAAAGAUCUUUUCUGCAAAAUGCCAUCUAUGGACUACCAGCAUUGCUUAAACUUUGUUUCUAUCGUGCUUUCAUGGCUUUGGGAUUUUCUUAUUUUGUUAAUUUCGCCUUUACGUAUUCUUCGAUAGCAACCACACAACUUCAGACAUAUCCAUUUAUUUUGUAUGCGUUUGCCCGCUGGUUGGGACCUUUAAUUGUAACAUUUACCAUGGAUUCUAGGGGCCGUAAAAAUCCCAUGAUUAUUGGAUUUUUGAUUUGCACAAUUUUGGCUUUUACCGUUGGAGGUAUUUUUAAUAAUAAAUUAAAUUACAUUGAUGCCGAUUCCAUGAAUGCCGUCAAAUAUAUUUUGAUCUUCUUCCAACUGUUCGCCUCCAUUUCAAUGACUUCGUGUUCGGCGUAUUUGAGUGAAGCCUUUCCUUUGGCUGUCAAACCCUAUUAUGUGGCCAUUGUUUUCAUUGUGGAAAUGUUGGUUCAGAUUAUAUGUAUUACCAGUAUAAGUUCAUUUAUACAACUUUUUUCACAUAUAUCAGAUUAUUUCCUAACUUUGGGUGCUUUAUUGUUGGUGUUUCUGGGCGUAGCUAUUUAUGUGAUGCCUGAAACUAAAAUGUACUCAUUACGGGAAUGUCUGCCGAAAUUUAAAAAAAAUAAUAAUUUCCGUAAUUAAUUAAAUGUAUAAUCAGUUUCAGUAUUUUUUCAUUAAAGUAUUUAUAAAUAUUUUUUUAAUACUUUUUUAACCUUUUUAAAUAUAUAAAUGUGUAUAUGUAUAUAUGUCUGUAUGUAUGUGUUUUAAUUAUAUUUUUACUCUAUUUUAUGGUUAUUUUGAAAAUAAUGUAAUAAAAUUUUAAUAGAGAGAUUUAUGUCUACAUUAAAGUCA